AAAAAAAUAAAAAAAAAAAUAAAAAGAAGAAAAGUGAGACCAAGAUUUUAAACCUGUAGAUGAAAGAAUCAAUUUGAACAUACGAUAACAAUAAUAUGCAUAUUGUACUACCGACCUUUUGUUAUGAUUGGCCCUAUUGUUAAAUCAGCAUAAACAGGUAUUUGUUUAUAAGGUCUAUCAUUAAAAAAAAUGUAGGCUUCUUUCUUUUAUAUCCACAUGCUUAGAAAACCCAUCAAGUAUAUUUUUGGCGUUACAGGUGCUUUUCUGCUAAAUACUUUGGCUGGCCUUAUAUUUUUACAUGUCAUGAAAGCUGAAAAUGAAUAUCUAGAUGAAAAUGCUUUUUCGAAAAGAGCUCAAUAUGGAAAGGAAAAACUCAAAUUGAAAGUAGAACAGCUCAAGCUGGAAACAGAGUUACUUGAGGAGAUGAAAAAAUCAGUCAAAAUUCAAGAAAAAGUCAUUGAGCUAGAGGCAGAGACGAACAUGAUUUUGAAAGAAACCCUAAAAGUGUUGAAAACAUCUUUAGUUAACUCAUAAGCUUGUACUAAAAAAGAGAGCACUUGGUUUAUUUCGUGUUAAAGCAAUAAAUAAAUCGAAAGUUGAUGGGAUGUCGUAUUUUUUAAAUACCACAAUAAGAGCACAAAGUAAACAGACCUAUGUGUUUGCAUUUUAUAUGAAGAGUCAUGAUGUCUCUGUCCAUGAA